GCUCGCGUACAAUUAGUCGACGGUCAAUAGGCGAUAGACGGAGUAUAAAAUAUAAUAACACCAAUGAAGAGCUCGAUAAUAUAUGCAGCUACGUGGCUGCUUUGCGUGGCUUUAGAUAUGUCUGAAGCGAUAGAAUCUAAGGACGAUGGAGCGCAGAAGACGCCCAGGGCUCAGAAUAAAAUAUUUAAUCAUCGUCCAAAUGGAGGAUUGAUCUCUUUCAAUUCAGAACAAGAGAAACUACGUCUGGAUUGGGCCGUGACUAUUCCCUUCAUCUCUAUACCGAUCGAUUAUAAAAUCGGCGAGCACGGAGAGGUUCCGCCUCUGCUUGACGUGAACACGAAGACCCUAGGAAUCGUUGGAGUUCUGACUACGCUCGCCAGUGUGUUCCCGCCGUUGUUCUCGAAGAGCCACCACCACAUGAAUUAUCGCUCGGGGGACAAUACGCAAUGGUUCGAAAUGGGGAACACGAUCAACGAUAUGAUUUUCGGUAACAAUUACGUGGCACCGUGUAUACAACGCAUCGUAUGCUCGAUCGUCUCGAUGGCUACCCACUCGGAGAGCCCGACGAACACCGAGAAAAUAAUCGACGGUCUAUCGAGCUACAAGUGGUUCAAGGACGUCACGAACGGCACUAUCAUACAAGACGCGGUGAACGCGGGACGAAAGGGAAAUCACGAUUGCGAACGGAUUUACAAAGAUUGCCUGAUCACGCCCAAGCUGUUUAAGGCCAUGAUGAGCGAGUUUGGUAUAGUGUAACGAAUUUAAUGUAACCUAUACCUUAUCGAUAACGGUACAGAUAUUCAAAGGAUACAAUAUAUUUUUCUACAUAAAUGUUAUACAUUUCGUUUUCGAUUCGGCUCACCCGAUUCUA